AUGCGCGGCGUUCAAGUCUUCUCCGGCAGGUCGCAUCCCGCCCUCGUCGAGUCUAUCUGUGAGAGGCUGGGCUCUUCACCAGCCAAAUGCGAACUCGGGAACUUCGCAAACGGGGAAAUCAGCGUCCAGAUAGGCGUCUCUGUUAGAAACGAAGAUGUCUUCAUCGUGCAGAGUGGGAGUCCUCGCAUCAACGACAGUGUUAUGGAAAUGCUCAUCAUGAUUGCUGCAUGCAAGGGCGGCUCGGCGAAGUCAAUCACUGCCGUGAUGCCCUACUUCCCCUACUCUCGCCAAUCCAAGAAGAAGAGCCAUCGAGGGGCCGUCACCGCAAAGAUGUUGGCCAAUCUUAUGGUGGUAGCAGGGGUGGACCACAUCAUCACUGUGGACCUUCAUGCCUCACAGAUGCAAGGGUUCUUUGGCAAACCCGUCGACAACCUAUUCGCGGAACCGAUCAUUGCCCGAUGGAUCAAGUCCAAUGUUCCCCGUUGGAGCGAUGCAGUCGUGGUGAGCAAGAAUGUGGGUGGCACCAAGAGAGUAACUUCGCUGGCCGACGCCCUCAAGCUCAGCUUUGCUCUCGUGUCCACGGACAAGGAUCGUUCACGACAUUCACACCAUCACAACAACCUGGCCGACAGCACCGUAUUUUUUGAUGCCAUUGAGCCACAGUCCAUGCGUUAUCGCGACCACCUUCUGGAUGGGGACGACACUGAUGAUGCUGACAAUGAAUCGGAGAGGUCACACCACCGAGGGCUUCCUCACCGUGCCAGGGGUCCCACACUAAACGGUGUCAGCCGCUCCGGUAUUGGCAGGCCAAAGGCAGUCACAAUUGCAGCAAGCCCCCUAGUCCAGGCGGCCAGGGCGGAAACUCCUUCCCCUUCUGCUUCACCCGACCCAUCAUCCCGCCUCGAGCCAGCCCUUCCCAGCGCACGUCGACCCUCGGAGUACGAAGCUAGUGAAGCACACAACGACCAGCGGGCAAGAGAUGUAGUCGUGGGUCGAUUGAUCCAAGGUCACUUGGUGGACGAAGACCAUCCCUCUUCAGCAAUGUCAAGUAUGUCAGCUUCCCUCGCUAAUCUCGUGGGCGAGCGACCUCUGCAAGACGGCACAGACAACCCCACCAAUGAUCCCAUGACUUCUUCAUUUGUAUCCAAUGCAUCGUCCUUUCAACCCGAACACGCCCUGGGUGGGACCUUCGACGCGGCAGCAACAUCGGACGAGGAAGAAGAGGGCAUCAAGAAUCCUGCCCUCGAGCACACAAUUACCCUUGUAGGAAAUGUCAAGGAGAAGACUGUUCUCCUGAUGGACGACAUUAUGGAUCGGUCUGGUUCGUGGAUUGCAGCUGCGGAAACCUGUGUCAAGAUCGGCCACGCCAGGAAGGUUUAUUGUAUUGCAAUCCAUGGCCUGUUUGGCGAAAACUCCUUGGAAGAGUUAGAAGCAUGCGAUUACAUUGACUAUGUGGUCGUGACAAAUACCUUUCCUGUGCCGCCUGAGCGGAUCCGUGCCUCGAAAAAGCUCAUCAUGAUCGACCUCUCAAAUCUUCUGGCUGAGGCCAUCCGCCGCAAUCACCAUGGAGAGGACAUGUCGACGCUGUUCCAUUUGAACGCCUAA